GCGCUCGAGAAUGAGAACCCAAAUUGUUCUUAACAAAAACUAAUAAAUUACUUUUCAUAAUUUUAGAAAACGGAACUUGAAAUGCCAGAAAAUUCUGAGGAUAAACAAGAGGCAAUAAUGAGAAUUUUGGAAUUUUCUGGAAUAAUUUGGGAAAGAGCAAUAAAUCAAAUAGGGAUGGAAUUUAAACCGCCAAUACAUUGCCACCAUUUUGGGGAUGAAAUAUUACGAGAAAUUAUUAAUGGAAAUGAAAUGGAAGGAGUUGAAAGAGAUUUAUUUAAAAAAAUGGAACCUCAAUGUAUUUUGAAUUAUUCAAUUGAUUUGGGAAAAAGAGCUAAAAAAUUGGCAGAUGAAUGGGAUAUUGAAAUACCAGAGGAUUUAUUAAUGGAUUUAGAAGAGAGAGAAGCUUACUUUGGGGAAAACAAAGAAAAUGAGAAUUCAUCAAAAGAUAAAACAAAUGAAGAAUUAAAAAAUGAUAAUGAAAUUGAAGAAGAGUUUUAUGAUUAUUCUCGGGCUAUUGUUCCAUAUAGAGGACCAAUGAAUUUACCCAAAAUUGAAGAGGAAGAGGAAAAAGAGGAGGAGGAGGAUGAAAAAGAAAAUGAAGAUGUGAAUAAAGAAAUUAAAGAGGAGGAAAAAGUGAAAAAAGUGGAGGAAGUUGAAAAGGAAGAAAAGGAAGAGGAAAAAGAAAAGGAGGAGGAAAAUGAAAUUCCUAAACGUUAUAGAACUCGUACAAGAUUUACAAUCAAAAAUAAAAAUAGAGAGGUCACUGUAAAAUUUUCUCAUGAAUUCGAAACUGAAAUUUCUGAAGAAGAGAAAGAAUCAAAAAGUAAGGAAAUAAAAAUGGAAAAUGAGAAGGAAGAAACUAAAAAUAAUUUAAAGAUGGAUACUAAAAGUGGAGAAAUUGCGAAGAAAGACUUAAUUCCAAAAGAUUUAAAAGGUGAAAAUAUUAGGGAAGAAACAAUUAAUGUUCCAGAAUUGAAUUUAAAAAAGGAAGAAGAAACCCCAGAGAAACCUAGUCAAGAAUCGAAAAAUCCAAUUGCGGAGGAAAUUGAAGUGCCCCGCACAAAUCCUUUAAAUGAGGAAAUGCUAAAAAUGAUAAAAUCAAAGGGAAAAGUUCAGUCAAAGGAAAAUUCUAUUAAAAAUGAGAAUAUAGAAAAAGAAAAGCCAAUUAUUGGAAAUAAACCGGAAGAAAAUCAAAACAAAAAAGAAUCAAUCAUUGAAGAUUUAGAAAAUAAAAAAUCGGAAACACCUCGUAAAAUAACUGCAAAAACCAAUGGAGGAAAUCCAUUUUCAUUUAAAGAUUUAAUUACGAAAUGGAAUAAAUACCCUGUCGAAACUAAAAAAAUAAUUGAACCCCCUAAAGAAAAUAAUCCAAAUAAUGAAGUAAAAGAUGAAAUAAAAGCACCUCUUAAUCAUAAAGAAAUUCCACAGACUGAGACAAAACAAAUUUCCGAAAAACAAAAAGAAAUCGUUCAAUCUCCCCUAAAUAAUGCUCAAAAUGAAAUAAAAAAUCCUCUAAAUCAUCAUAAAAAUAAAGAAAUUUCUGAAAAAUUACAAGUAAAAGAGAAUAUUCCAAAUAAACUUGAGAAUAAUCAAGAGAUUAAACAGAUUACCCCAAUAUUACCGCCACCAAAAGAAAAUGGAAAUAAUCAACAAAAUAAAUUAGGUAAAAAGCCAAAAGGUAAAAAACAAAAACGUAAAAAUGCUCGAAAGGGAAAAGGUAAAAAAAGAAAUAAAAAGAAAAAAAAUAAAAAUAAGAAAAAUAAGAAAAAUAAUAAUGGCAAACAAGGCGGUAAUAAACCUGGUCGAAAACGCCGUAAUAAAAACAGGCGAAAAAACAAGAAUAAGCCAAAUCAAAUAAAUAAUACUCCUUUGCAUGAAAUGGAAAUGGUUCAAGAUUUAAAGAAAGGGCAGGAAAAUCCAAGUGCUGGAAAGAAACAAGCUGAGAAUCAACCAAAGCCAGCUGAACAGCCAGUAUCAAAAGCAAUUGUUCCCCAUGUAGCAAAAAAUAUUCCAAAGCUUCAUAAUAUUCCAAAUGCACCAAAUAAAGCUGCAACACCUCCAAAUCCUCUACAUAAUAGAAAUAAUCGUCAUCCUCCAUCACCUCUAGGUCGAAAAGGAAAGAAUGGUCUUCCACCACACCCACAACAACCAUCUGGAAAUAAAAAUCAUCCAAAUAAUCAUCAAGGAUUAAAACAACCAAAAAAACAAUUUAAAGGGAUUUCUCAUCCUGGUCCUUCCAUUUUCAGCAUUAAACAUGAAUUCCGCCCUGAUGGAUCAGUUCGAAUUCACACAAAAAUUUUGGGAGCUAAUCCAUUUGCGACAGGAAAUACUAAACAUCGAUUUGGGGUAAAACUGAAUCGAGUGAAGCGUGAUGUUGAACAAUUUGGAAUUAAUAAUAAUGGAAAGGAAAAACAAAAUAAUCAGCCAAAAUGUUUGAAUGUCAAUGUCUGUGAAAUUUAUAAGUUUCUGGAUUUGAGUGCAAUUAAAUGGUGGUGGUGUAGAGAUGUAGAGAAGGAUGAUGCUUUGGAAAUAGUCAAGAAUAUUAAAUUGUUAAUUGAAGAUAUUGACUGUGUAGAGGAUAAUAAUAAAUGCAAAAAAGAUAAAGAAGAAGAAGAUUACCAAAUUAAAGCCGAACAGCAUGUUGAGCAAUUCUUUGAAAAAAUUCUUGUCGCAAGCGGGAUUGACGAAAUGAAUCAAAAUGGGGAGUAUAUGGAUUCUGAAUGUUUAAUGAAGCUUUCUAAUACAUUAACUGAGAAGAAGAAAGAAAUAUGUGGACGUUUUAUGGAAGAAAAAGAUGACAAUGAUCAAAAUGAAUUUAACGAAGGAUUGAAUGAGGAAGAAAAAGAAGAAUUUACUAAACUUUGUAGUGAAAUGAAAAAAUGA